UAUUGUGUUUUCUUGCACCAAGGCUUCGGAAGUGUGUCGAGCUUGGUUGCAUGCCAGCGCUCCGUAUAUGCGGGGAAGCAAUGUCCUCAGGUUGAGGAGAUGUCUCCCCAUCCACCGACAUCAUGUUUCGAGUCCACGGUGGUAUAGCGCUUCCGCUGAGCCUAUAAGCGAUGAGGAGUUCUUAGAGGCGUGUAGGAGUGUGUAUCCACGCAGGAAAUGGCAUCCUUGGCUGAAAAUUGGUCUUGCGGUCAGCGGCGGCGUGGAUUCUAUGGCCCUUGUCACCCUGUAUUCAAGAGCAUUGCGGUCGAACACGCAGUUACCGAAGUGUCAUGGGAUAAUUAUCGAUCAUAGAGCUCGAGAAGAGAGCUCGGAAGAAGCGGAAUGGGUUGCAGAUCAAUUGAGAACAAAAUUUGAUAUUGACUCCUCAAUCGUCAAGCUCGAAUGGCCCAAAAACAUUGAUCUAAACGACACAAAGAGAUUCGAAACCGAAGCCCGUACUCUUCGUUACCAAGCUUUAGGCCGAGCAUGCAAAGACCAUGAUAUAAGCUCUCUCCUGGUAGCACACCACGCUGACGAUCAGGCGGAAACCAUCCUUAUGAGACUCAUCAAAGGGAGAUGGAGGUCGGGACUUCAGGGUAUGCAAAGCGUGCAAUCGAUACCUGAAUGCUAUGGUAUUUACGGAGUCCACAACAGUGGUGGUAUCGAAAACGAAAGGACUAAAGACUUCAACCUGCCGCUCCCGAUUGAGAAGGGAAAGAUUGAAGUGCUGCGCCCGCUUCUUGGGUUUGAAAAGAGUCGCUUUAUCGCAACAUGCGAAGAGCACUGUACAAAAUGGGUAGAAGACAAGACAAACCAGGACAAAACACUCACCUCCCGCAACGCUAUCCGGCACAUCCUGCGACAUCACAAACUCCCUCAAGCGCUUACCCCUCGAUCUCUAGUCUCCCUCGCCAACAACAUGCAGUCACGCGUUAAAUCGGAGCGCAAAUUUGCAGAAACCCUCUUCAACAAUGCGCCCAUGCAACUCAACCUCCAAACCGGAUCCCUCAUUGUCCGCUUUCCCCACACGGCCGCCCUCCUUUCCCGUCCCAUCAUAACCGAGUCCGACAAAAGAGCCGCCCGAAACACGGCUACGCUGCUCCUCCACCGAGUCGCAGAACUCGUAAGCCCCAAAGAGUUCUCCACAAUAGGUCAACUCGCCUCUGCCGUCGAUAGAAUCUGGCCAUCUCUCACCAUCGACUUUCCCGAUAAAGCUAGCAAAAAAACACUGAACAUAGAAGCCUUCUCCAUGACCGGAAUCCACUGGGCAAAAUGGAACAAACCUAGCAUAUUCGGUCUCACGGGGACGCUCCAGGCCCAUCAUCCGUACGAAUGGCAUCUGUGGCGACAACCACCGCACGAGUACGAGCUCGAGGAAAAGUCGAUCCGCAUCCCGUCGUCCACAAAACGACCCGAGGAAGCGUGGAAAUGGCAUUUUUUUGAUGGUCGGUACUGGAUCCGUAUAAGGAAUAGGCUCCUUAGACAGGAUCUUACGGUUAGGCAUUUCACGGACCGGGAUCUUGCGGAAUUGGGUCAAUCGGUGAACUUUGCAAGCGCAGAGGGAGAUGCAGCCGAAAGUCGAGAUCGAGAUGGAAAACACCCAAUGCAAAACGCAACUCGACGCCUCAGCCUAGUCGCCUCAGACUAUGCCUUCAUAAAAACUGCCCUGGGCCUCAUAAAGCCGCACCCCCUGCGCCGCACGCUUCCUGCUAUCUUCACUAAGUCUCUCGGCAAGGAUGUGCUGAUUGGCUUGCCUACCCUUGACUGGGCAAUAACCGACGCCGCGUUUGCGGUCCGGUUCUGGGACCGGAUUCAUGCGCCCUGGGAAGUGAGGUAUAAGAAUGUUGAUAUGGGGAAGAAGUCGUUGAAGAAGUCGGUUGCGAGGGGGAUACGGAGGAGAGAUGUCCUUGAUGUUAUGAGGGGGGCGCAGCAGGGGUUUAUGUGGAUGCGGGAUGAAGAUUUGGAGGGGAAGGGGAAGGUUGGAGGUGGAGGGAAGGAGAGGAAAGAUAAGCUAGGUUUUAUCAGGUAA